AUGGAAAUUGAACCGUCCUUCUUGGUUAUUACCUUCUUUCUGUUCUUGCUGUUGCAUUGGCUUGCAAAAUAUUACAAGCCAAAAUCCAGUCUCGUUCACAAACUGCCACCGGGCCCGAGGAAGUUACCUCUCAUUGGGAACCUGCACCAACUAGCAGGGUCACUUCCACAUCGUGCUUUCCGAGAACUUGCCCACAAAUAUGGACCUCUCAUGCAACUCCAACUUGGUGAAAUUCCUGUACUUGUUGUAUCCUCUCCAAGGUUGGCCAAGGAGAUUAUGAAAACCCAUGAUGUUGCUUUUUCGCAGAGGCCCCAACUUCUUCCUGCUAAAAUUUUGGCAUAUGAAUCAACAGAUAUUGCUUUUGCUCCAUAUGGUGAUUAUUGGAGACAAAUGAGGAAAAUAUGUGUGUUAGAGCUUCUAAGUUCCAAGAAGGUUAAGUCUUUCUCUUUUGUUAGAGAACAUGAAACAGCAAAAUUCAUAGAAUCAAUUGAGACAUCCGCAGGUUCACCAAUUAACCUUACUAGUAGGAUUUUCUCCUUGGUAAGUUCUUCUGUUUGCAGGGCAGCAUUUGGUAACAAAACCAAGGACCAGGAUGAAUUUAUAUCUUUGAUGAAAGAUGUAUUGGUACACGCUGGAGGAUUUGACCUGGCUGAUUUGUUUCCUUCUAUGAAACCUAUACAUUUCAUAACUGGGAUAAGGCCCAAGUUGGAGAAGUUGCACAAGCGGCUUGACAAAAUCUUACAAAACAUUGUCACAGAGCACCAAGAAAAGCACAUGAGAGUCCUAGAAGGCAAGGUUGAAGCAGAUGAGGAAGAUCUUGUUGAUGUUCUUUUGAGAAUCCAACAAAGUGACAGCCUCGGAAUCAAAAUGACGACCCGAAACAUCAAAGCAGUGAUUAUGGAUGUAUUUAUUGCUGGAACUGAUACUUCAGCGGCGACCCUAGAUUGGGCUAUGUUAGAAAUGAUAAGAAACCCAAGAGUAAGGGAGAAGGCACAAUCUGAGUUAAGACAAGCGUUUAAGGGAAAGGAAAUAAUUCAUGAAACUGAUCUAGAGGAACUUAGUUACUUAAAAUUGGUGGUUAAAGAGACAUUGAGGCUACACGCACCUACUCCUUUGUUGCUUCCUAGAGAAUGCUCUGAAGUAACCAUCAUCGAUGGUUAUGACAUACCUAUCAAGACUAAAGUGAUGGUAAACGUAUGGGCUAUUGGAAGAGAUCCCCAAUAUUGGUCUGAUGCUGAGAGUUUUACUCCAGAGAGGUUUGAUGGCAGUUCCAUUGAUUUCAAAGGGAAUAACUUUGAGUUCAUUCCAUUUGGGGCAGGGAGGAGAAUGUGUCCAGGCAUGUCAUUUGGUUUAGCCACCCUUGUGCUUCCUCUGGCUCUAUUGCUUUAUCACUUCAACUGGGAACUCCCAAAUGGGGUGAAGUCUGAGGAUUUGGAUAUGACAGAAAGCUUCGGCGUGGCAAUUGAAAGGAAAAGUCAGUUGUGUUUGAUUCCCACUGUUUAUGAUCCAUCACUGCAUGCCUGA